AUGCCGCGUAGAAAGUUCAUUAACAAGAGAGACGCGACCACAUUUUCGCUUGUCUUCAGGUCACAAGAUGACCCAAAAAUUCACGAUGCGGACGCAUCAGACAUGGUUUUUACGGAGAAAACUGACCUAAACCGUAUCAAGAAGCUUCGAGAUGAUGCAAGCGGUCAUGUUGAUCAUGAUGCCAGAAGCAAAAUUAAGCACCGUGGUGAACUCGAGGAAGAAUUCGGCCUGAGUGUCCGAGCAAAUGAGGGUGAAGCUGCCAAUUACGGCAUUUAUUUCGACGACACGGAGUACGAUUAUAUGCAGCACAUGCGUGAACUUGGUACAAGCACAGAAGCACAUUUCAUUGAAGCUCCGCUCAAGUCUAAGAAACCCAAAUCGAAGCUCGAGGAUGCUCUCAGAGAUCUUGACAUCAAAAGUGAAAGUGGGAUCAGCCAUGCAAGCUCGGUAGCCUCCACCGCACAGUCAUUGCUACCGGAAGAUAUGCUCCCCUCAGAGUUUGUGCGCCCGCGUACGUAUCAGGACCAGCAAAAUGUGCCAGACUCCAUCGCGGGCUUCCAGCCAGACAUGGAUCCGAGAUUGCGAGAGGUGCUUGAAGCUCUGGACGAUGAAGCCUAUGUGGACGACGACGAAGACAUCUUUGAAGCGUUGGCUGCGGAUGCGGAGGAAGUCGACCCGGAUGAAUGGGGUCAAACGAACUGGGAGGCUAACGAAGACGAUGACGAGGGAUGGGAGUCGGAUCGCACAGUCAGGGCUGACGAGUCCACGCCAAAGGAAAAAGCACUCGACAGCAAUAGCGGAGUGCCUCUACCCCACAGCGAGCCACCAGAUGACGCUCAUGGUGACGGGGAUUGGAUGGCCGAAUUCAGCAAGUUUAAGAAAGACGCAAAGUUGGGCCCUGCCCAGAAACGUUUAGACCUACAGUCAUCAGCCAUAACAGGUGCAUCCAGUCUUGUCAGCGGACGCAAGAAGAAACGAAAAGGCGCGCUCACAUCCACCAGCGGCUACAGUAUGACUUCCUCCGUGCUUGCCCGGACGGAAGGCCAGUCGAUUCUCGAUGCCAGGUUCGACAAGAUCGAGGAAGAAUACGGUGAAGAUGACGCCGGCGACGACACUGCCUCCAUGUUUUCGGGCGUUUCGGGCAUGACGGGCAUGUCUAGAGCUUCGAGCCAGGCGCCGCAGCUGGUCCGCUCUGACUUCAACGCAAUCAUGAGCGAGUUCCUCCAGAACCACUCUCAAGUAGGCAAGCACCAAAAGAGGGUACGGGUGGGGACGGCGAAAACGGGGCUCGAGCAACUGGAUGAGAUUCGCAAAGGCCUUGGGCCUGCUCGAAUUAAGUCCUCGUUACGAUGA